GCAGAGUCGGACACGACUGAGCGACUUUUACUUCACUUACUAUAUACUGGGCACUUGACGGCGCAUUCUCAACUAUUUCAUCAACUUUGUCUAGGGUAUCAUACACAUUAGCCAAAGGGAGGCAGAUGUCCAGAGCACCAGGGGGCAAGAAGCCAGUAAGUGACAGAACCAGACUGAGAAUCCACCUCGAAUUGAUGAUAAAUUUCCUAACACUGGGUCAGCCUCCGCAGGGACGAAGAGGGACGCGUCUCGCACGCAGAGGUGCGGCUCGGCACCCGGCCCUGAGGCCGCCAGCGGACCUCAGCCGAACCGGCCGGCUGGGGGCACUGCAGACCGCUCGCGGCACUGCUCCCGCCUCCAGCUCCCGGCGCCCGGGGGCCGCGGCACCCCGGUGCGCCGCUCUCGCCCCAGCCUUGGCCCCCGCUACCUCCUGGCCCCUAAGCACAGACCAACCUUCCCGCCGGGAUGCAGAGAACGCCGAUCCGGGCCCCAGAGACAACCCCCCGCGCCCUGCACGCUCUCACUUACACCUCCACUUGGGCACAGAAAAGUUUCAGGAACCGCGUCUUCCGGGGUGGACGCGGCAGGCUCAGCACGGGCCCUGCUGGGGUUCGGGGGAUUUGGACUCCACUGGCUCCGUUCAGACCGAGGAGGGGAAACCCAGACCAAGAGCUGGGACUCCGGGAGUAUCCCCGGCGCAUUUGAAUGUCCGGCCGCUGCUUCCCCACCCUGCUCAAGCUGUCACCUUUCUCUCCCUCUGCCCUGAAAAUUUCACUCCCCACCCAGCCUGCUCACCGAAUUCUGACUUUGAACCGAAACGUGUUCAGGAGUAUUUGAGGCCAGGCCACAGCCAGCAGGCGCUCUGGCCCUCGCCAAAGCAGCUGCAAGUGGGCAUCACUGUACCUGGGCAAGGGAACCCCACAGAGGCGGGGUCAUGCUUUCCAAAGUUAUAUCCAGGCGAGAAUUUCGGAGGAAACAUGAAAAAAAAAAAAGAAAAUAUCUAAGAUCAAGAAUCUAAAUUAAAAAAAAAAAGAAGAAGAAGAAUCUAAAUUGUUUUUGUUUGACAGCAAGAGAGAGGGGGAAAAAAAUCAACAUUAGGGGUUUAGUACAUUUGCUCCAGCCAACAAAUAUUUAUUAAGCAUUUACUGCAUGCCAAGCAAUUUGUUAGGCAUUGUUACCCCUUCUUCUACAGGGGAGCUAGACAAUACAUGUAUCUAGUAUAUGACACACCUCAGCUAAUGGUGCCCUGUGGAAAAAUCCAGCACAAUAAAAGAUAAAAAAUACCAGGGACAGAGUGGGAGGGUUUUCCCCUCAGCCAGGGAAGGUUGCUCCAAGGAAUUGACAUUUGAGUGGUCCUUCUAGAACUUUCCCAAUGCAAAUAUAUCCCAAAACACAUUAAUGUAGAUAUAUUUUUAUCAAGUUGGAUUGUACUGUAUAGGUGUCUCCCCCUCCAGUUAACUGCUCCUGAACAUUCUUCUGUAUCUAAAGAGCAUAUGGCUUGAGAACUUGGGACUGGGUGGAAUCAAGUUUAAUUCCAGCUUCACUCCUCACUGGUUUUGUGAUUCUAGGCAAGUUCCCUAAACUUUCUUGGCCUCAGAACCCUCAUCCUUAAAAUGAGAUAAAUAAUUAUGUCUGCCUCUUAAGGGUUAUUGAGGAGACCAAAUGAGAAAAAUACAUGUCAAAUACUGAGUACGAGGAGGGCAUGUAGUAAACCUUAAUAGAUGUUUUUGUGUUGUUUAGUCAC